UUUAAGGGAUCGCGGUUCCGGUUCUCCCACUCUCCAAACCCAUUCUUUGUCUAUACAACGUCCAGCCCGCCACCUUCAUCAUCACCAGCACUGUCUCUGGGACCUUACAUCAGGUGGCGAUUUUUCAUUUUCACCAUAAAGUAUCCAACCUAUUCAACACACACAAUGACUGCCCAGGUCACGCCUUCUAAGCAGGCUGCUUCCGCGAUUGAGGCCCUCAAAAUGGAAUCUCCCGUCAAGAAGCUUGACUUUUCCGCCUCCAACAAGGAAAACGCGCCCUUCGACGCUGACCUCGCCACCCUCGAGGCAGAGAUUGACGCCAACCACAAGACAACCAUGAACAAGACGGAGGAGCCAAAGGCCCCGGUGGCUCCAACCAUCAAGCCCGAGGAGGCCGACGAGCCCCUCCUCCAGGAGAACCCGCAGCGCUUCGUGCUGUUCCCCAUCAAGUAUCACGAGAUCUGGCAAAUGUACAAAAAGGCCGAGGCCUCCUUCUGGACUGCCGAGGAGAUUGACCUCUCCAAGGACCUCCACGACUGGAACAACAAGCUCAACGACGAUGAGAAGUACUUCAUCUCUCACAUCCUCGCCUUCUUUGCCGCGUCUGACGGCAUCGUCAACGAGAACCUGGUGGAGCGCUUCAGCGGCGAGGUCCAGAUCCCCGAGGCCCGCUGCUUUUAUGGCUUCCAGAUCAUGAUGGAGAACAUCCACUCCGAGACCUACUCUCUGCUCAUUGACACGUACAUCAAGGAGCCCUCGCAGCGCACUCACCUGUUCAAUGCCAUUGACACCAUCCCCGCCAUCCGCAAGAAGGCCGACUGGGCGCUCCGGUGGAUCACCGACAAGAAGUCGACCUUUGCCCAGCGUCUCGUCGCCUUUGCUGCCGUCGAGGGUAUCUUCUUCAGCGGCGCCUUCGCGUCCAUCUUCUGGCUCAAGAAGCGCGGCCUCAUGCCGGGCCUGACGUUCUCCAACGAGCUCAUCUCUCGCGAUGAGGGUCUGCACACCGACUUUGCGUGCCUGCUCUUCUCGCAUCUCAACCACCGGCCCAGCAAGCAGGUGAUCCAGGACAUCAUCAUCGACGCCGUCAAGAUUGAGCAAGAGUUCCUGACCGAGGCCCUCCCCUGCGCCCUGCUCGGCAUGAACUCGAACCUGAUGAAGCAGUACAUUGAGUUUGUCGCCGACCGCCUGCUCGUCGCCCUCGGCAACGAGAAAGUGUUCCGGUCGACAAACCCCUUCGACUUUAUGGAGAACAUCUCGCUCGGCGGCAAGACCAACUUUUUUGAGAAGCGCGUCGGCGAGUACCAGAAGGCGGGCGUCAUGGCCAGCACCAAGAAGGUCGUCCACGAGGACGCGGACGAAGCCAAGGGCGAGAACAGCGGCGACUUCAACUUCGAUGAGGACUUCUAAGCCCGUCGCCGUCUCGCACUCUUAUCUUCUCCUUGUCCUCUAAUACCCCCCUUGUACUCAGUAUUCGCUCUCUCUUUUCACGCAGCAUCUUUUCGCGUGGAAACAGCAG